AUGAACUCCUUCGCUCUUGCCUGUGCAUGCGCAUGCAGCCUUGCUGCGCUUCUGUCACUUGGGCUCCGCGUGUUCAAGUUUGGCAAGUAUUUGCGGUUCGACUCUGCCCGCGCCACUUUCUGGGAAGAUCUGAGACCUGCGCUCAACAUGCCAGACGCGGUGAAUUCGCUGCCUGAUCGAGCCACUAUAGCCACUCCAUCCGGACAUCCGAACAAGAAGGGCAAGAAGGGCAAGAUGCCCACAGGGAGGCUGCCAGGCGCGAGAGUCAAAGAUGCAGAGUACGACAAGGAUGUGGGCCAGAUUAGCAGAAUAAACAAAGUGAUCUUCGUCCAUGUGCCCAAGACUGGUGGGAGCACCAUCGAGCAGUCGAAGUUGUUCUACGAUGCUAAGAAGCAUCAUCCUGUCGGUGGUCACACUCAUGCUGAAAAAAUGCGGAACCUGGCGCCCGGCUUUCGCAGCUUUUCCAUGGUUCGACAUCCUUGCGAGCGGUUCAUCUCUGCAUUUACCUACACUCUCACGCGAGCCCCAGAGCCCGAGCUAGCCUGGCAUCACAAGAAUAUCGGCAGCAGGAAUGUGACCGCCUAUGUGGCUUCGAGUGACUUCGGUGGUGAUGUGUUUUGGAAAUUUUUGCAUUUCCGGCCACAGCACUCGUUUCUCUUUUUUCACAACGGGACUUUCGGCGUGGAUCUCCUGAUGUGCCAAGACAACUGGACAAAGAGCAUGCAGAGAUUGCGGGAAUACAUGAAGCCCACCGUGAUCCUUCCGUUUCACAAGCGCGCACGAAGCACGACGCAUUCCAAAUGCUCUGACCUUCCAAAGGAGACGCGUCAGAGAAUCGAGAGAGCUUACGCAAUGGACAUGUGCCUGUUUUAUCCCACUGACGCUCCAACGGCGUGCAGUGGUGUGUCUGCGAACGAAAUGACUGCACGCUACCAGACGUGCAAGUCUCGGGUAUCGGGACAAAAAGGCGUUGAGCCGCAGACGUGCCCAGGGCCACCCAGGGGCUGUUGGUAG